AUAAAUUUAAUUAGAAGUUCGAUUCCUACUUACCUAAUUUAACCAUUAUUAAUUACUAUCAAUUUUUUGAGCUAAAAUGCUAAUUAUGCAAUUGAUAGUUAACAUUUGUUUAUAUGAAGGUUUCUCCCAACCAAGAUAAACAAUAGGAUGAAGGAAGUUGAAAGGGAAGUAAGGGCCAUAAUAAAAGGUCUCAUCCACAAAAGAGAGAACGCAAUGAAAGCCGGUGAGGCAGCCAAUGAUGACUUGUUGGGUAUUCUUUUGGAUUCAAAUCUUAGAGAAAUUGAAGAACACGGAGGAAAUAAGACUGUUGGAAUGAGCAUGGAUGACGUGAUUGAAGAGUGUAAGGUAUUUUACUUCGCCGGACAAGAGACCACUUCCAAUACCCUCAGUUGGACAAUGGUUCUAUUGGCACAACACCAAAAUUGGCAAUCUCGUGCAAGAGAAGAGGUAUUAUCUAUCUUCGGCAACAACAAACCAGAUUUCGACAGCUUGAAUCGCUUGAAAGUUGUAACCAUAAUUUUGUAUGAGGUUCUCAGACUCUAUCCACCAGGGAUUAUACUUACUCGGUCUACACAGAAGGAAACAAAGCUAGGAAAUUUGACGCUACCUGCUGGGGUUCAACUUGCCAUGCCAACAACUCUUGUACACCAUGAUCCUGAAUUUUGGGGAGAUGAUGCCAAGGAUUUUAAACCAGAAAGGUUUGCUGAAGGAGUUUCAAAGGCGACGAAAUAUCAAGUCUCUUAUCUUCCCUUUGGAUGGGGUCCUAGAAUAUGCAUGGGACAAAACUUUGCUUUAAAUGUGGCAAAAUUGGCCAUCACAAUGAUUCUACAACGCUUUUGGUUUGAACUUUCCCCUUCCUAUGCCCAUGCUCCUGCCCCUUCUCUAACUCUUCGUCCACAGCAUGGAGCUCAUUUGAUCUUGCAUAAAAUGUAGCUCAAGCUGUAUUACAAUUCUAAGUAGACUUGUUAAAAAUAAAAAAAGAAUAAACCUUACAUUUACUU